AACAAGAUAGCCACGAACACAAUUCCGUGACAUUUUUAAAUUGAUUUCAAGUUAGUGGAUAAGUGAUCUAAAAUUGGUUUCGCGUUUCAGCAACCAAAAUGUCAGACGCAACCAGUCUUCUGGAACCAGGCAAGGAGAUCCGCCCGGUCAUCGACCACGAUGGAGUCAAGCUCCUCGUGGAACGCCUCUACGGGAUCUCAGCCCUGGAACUGGUGGAGAUGGACGGCUACGACGACAAGAACUACAAAAUCGUUGAGGACCUCAACGUGAAGAACCCAUUGAUCACGAACCACAGCCCGCAUGGUUACGUGCUGAAGAUCAUGAACUCGAUGGACUCGCAGAAAGUCGAUGUGGUUGAGGCACAGAAUGAGAUUAUGAACUUCUUGGCCACCCGCUCGGUAACCUGCCCCAAGCCAGUCCGCAACGUGUACGGCCACCUGCACUCCAUCGAGACCAUCAACGGCAAGCAGCAUGCAGUACGACUGCUAGAGUUCGUGCCUGGAGAGCUACUGAGCAACGUACCGCAGUCGGAGGCUUUGUUCUACCAGCUUGGAGAGUUCGUGGCUAACCUGGACAACAAGCUAGAGAACUUCAACCACUCGGGGCUGGCGUCGCACGAGCACAUGUGGAUGCUGACCACGGUGCCUCUCCUCGAGAAGUUCAAGUACGUCAUCAAGGACGCCGAGAAGCUGGACCUGGCGGAGGAGGUGAUCGAAGAGUUCAAAUACGCAGUAGUCCCACGACUGGACGAGCUGGAGAAGGGCGUCAUCCACGGUGACGUCAACGUCAUGAACGUGCUCGUCACGCCCAAACCUGGCAGCGAGUCAGAAUACCGAGUGACCGGCAUCAUCGACUUCGGCGACAUUCAGUACUCGUACUACGUGUUCGAGGUGGCCAUCGCCAUGACGUAUGUCAUGCUGAUGACGGGCGACCCUCGCUCCGGGGCUUUAGUCCUGGCCGGGUACACCGUCAGCCGCCGUUUGCCUGACCACGAAUAUAGGCUGCUGAAGACCCUCAUCUCAGCGCGCCUAGUCCAAAGCCUGGUCCUGGGCGCCUACACACUGGAGCAAGAUCCCAAGAACAUCUACGUCACGGCCACCGAGAAGGCCCACGGCUGGGACCUGCUCCGCAAGAUCCGCAAGACCAAGCCCAGCGCUGAUGAAACAGACCCCACGGAUUGGAAGACCAUCGCCAAUGAGUACUUAACCAAGAGUUAAGUCAAGAUUCAAGAUCAAUAGGUAAGAGUAGGGCUCUUUUCGGCCGACUCGUAUCGCCCUUUUUUCUUUUUUUUUGUCAUAAUGUAAAAAAAUAAUUUCUUUGAAUUCAAUUUGAAAAACGAACACUUUAAUUUUUUCUUUGUUGGUGAAAGAGCGUAGUGUAUGGCCAGUUAUGAAACAUUCCGUUAUAAAUUGAAAUUAACUUACAGCAUCUUAAAUUUUGUUAUGGUAACAUUGAUUGGUAAACUGUGCUCAAAUUAUUUAUAGAUCAGUAUAAAAUUGGUAAUCAUGUAUAUUAUUAUUUAUGUAGUUAGUGCAUUUUAUUAAAUUUUUGUAGAUAUUUUAAUUUACAUAAAAUAAUAUUUUUGCUAAAGUAUUAUUAUUGUAGUAUUUUAUGGUAGACAUUGAAAGCACUUGGGAUGUAUAAAUUAGAACUAAUGAUGAAGUAGUUUUUAGUUAAAUGCAUAAUAAUUAUAAUAAGGUAAGUCAGUAAAUAAUUUUGUUACUCAUUAUUUUAUUAUACUGAGUAUUAAAUAAAGACUGUAAUUUAAA